GAUCGAUAGUGGGAGCUCUCCGAGCUCGGACUUGUACUCGCGGAGACCGAGACUAGCGAGCGAACGGACUUCUCGCUAAGGUGUGUGUAAAAAGUAGGUGUUCGUCAAAAAUUGCGACUGGAAUUAGCACAUAAUGGAUUUCAACGUUAAAAAAUUUGUAAAAGAUGCUGGCGCAGCCCUUAGCCGAGUUGUGCAGAUCACAGAGGAGACUCUAGGAACAUCUGAGAAAACAGAACUCGAUGCUCAUUUCGAACAUUUGGCAGAGCGAGCAAAUGCAACAAAGACCUGGACAGAAAAAAUACUCAGGAACAUGGAGGCAAUGCUGACACCUAAUCCUGGUAAUAGGAUCGAAGAUUUCUUCUAUGAGAAAAUUGAUAAAAGGAAGCCUAAUAGGCUCAGUAACUUAGAAUACGUUGGUAUAGAUAUGAUAGAGGCUGGCAAUGAUUUUGGACCAGGAAUUGCUUAUGGUAGUGCUUUGAUCAAAGUUGGUCAUUGUCAGCAAAAAUUGGGACAAAUUGAAAGGGACUUCAUUGGUACAGCAGCCAACUGUUAUAUACAACCUUUGAGAAAGUUUUUAGAUGGAGAAAUGAAAACAAUAAGUAAGGAAAUGGCUAUUUUGGAAAGCAAAAGGCUGGAUUUGGAUUCAUGCAAGAGGCGUGUACGAAAGGCUAGAAGUAUGCUGGGUCAGCAGAGUGAGAGCGGCAUUUCUGCCGAAGUACUACUUGAUCAGGCAGAACGGGAGCUGAGAGUAGCCCAAUCCGAAUUUGAUCGACAGGCAGAAAUAACUAAGCUUCUACUUGAAGGAGUCUCAAGUUCCCAAGCUGGCCAUCUUCGUUGUUUACACGAAUUUGUUGAAGCUCAAACUCGUCAUUAUGCACAGUGUCAUGCAACAAUGCAAGAAUUACAACGAGAAUUAGCAGGUUUACCUGGGGCUUCAUUCCACCCGACUACCUCGAUAAACUCCACUGAGCCUGUGGAAAAUGGUCAAGAAAGAGCAAGAGUAAUCUGUGACUAUGAAGCAAGGGAUGAAGAAGAACUUAGUGUGUCACAGAAUGAGGUCAUAUCAGUAAGAGAAAUUCCAGGAGAUGAAGAUUAUCUACUUGGUUUUCGAGGCAAUCAACGUGGAAGAGUCCCCAAAGUUUUUUUAGAAAUCCUCUCAUAUCAAUAAAAUUGUGAUUAAAUGCUUCCACCGCAAUUAAAUAUUUAGCAAGUUGAUUGAUUAAGCAAUGAAACUUAUGUAUUUGCCAUUGUGCAGAAAAUCUUUGAAACCAAAUCAAUUAUAAGUAAUCAAUUACAAAUUUCACUAUGUGAUAUACAAGUAUUUUUGAAGUUUCCAAUUUUAGUCAUUCCGCGUUAUAAUACACUGUACAGUAUUACCUAUGCAAUUGUAAUAAAAUUUAAGAUAUUUAUGGCAUUCAAUGGAGAGAUCAAACAAUAUAUUGAUACUGCCUGUUGUAUUUUACAAAUGUAUAAGUCUUAAUGUUUUUAAAUUUGUAGAGUCUAAUGUUAGUUAAAUGACCAAACAUUUAGUAAUAUGAAUUUGUGAAAAGUAAUAAUGUUGCUUGCAGAGUAUAAAUAAAAAAAUUCAAACAUUCAA